AUGAAAUUGGAACGAGUACAGAGUACUGACUCCGAUGCGAUUCUUCUAGGGUUGUAUGGGGUGUUUGCCAUAUAUCAUGGGCUUAACCGAGGAAGAAUAUAUCGACCUCGCCAUGAAGGAUUAAUCUGGCAUGUGUUAUCAGGUGUGCUUGAAGUUAUCUUGUAUUAUGGAAAUUUCCAGUGCUCCAUAGUCGCGGUGGUAGCCUGCUGGAUACACUCCUACACUUCCCUUAUUUUGGUAAGGGACUUUCCAAAUGGUUAUCCCCCCCACACUAGGCCGGCGUAUCAGGCAGGAUCCAUCAUGCGAAGUGUCCUGGUGGUGCGCGCCUACUUCAGCCAGAAUCCUAUUCACUAUCAUGAUAGCAUGAUGCCACUGCAUGGAUUUGUGUAUACACGUGCAUUAAUCUUUCUUCUCGGGACCAUGGGACCAACCCGGUCAUUUACUACGAACGUGAACUCCCAAUUUGUAUAUGCGGAGUCGGUCUUUGGUGCCGCCCUCAUUUCCAUAGGUCAUUGUCAUGGAUCCUGGCCGGUGCCAGUAUAUUUACUUUUGAUGCAUUUCCUGGGGAAAAUAAGCCUGUGGGUUGAGGAGAUACACGAGAGUUCCAAGUGUGUUACUAUACCAAAUGAUAUGACCAUUCACUAA